AUGACAACGACGCAGCAAUUGCGAUACCUCGCUGCAAUCGUGCUCACGGUGAUGCUGUUUGUGCUGGCUGAGACUGAUACUGAUCCCGUCGAAGUUUUGGCUCUUCAAGAUCUCUACAGAACCCUGAACAAUCCACAGCAGCUGAGAGGAUGGAGAUCGGAGGGAGGAGAUCCAUGCGGCGAAGUUUGGAUGGGAGUUUCUUGCUCUGGCUCGUCUAUAGUAGACCUACAACUGAGAGGGUUAAAGCUUCUGGGCAGCCUUGGAAACCAGCUUCAACAUCUCCACAAUUUGAAGAACAUGGAUGUUAGCUUCAAUAACCUCCAAGGUGAAAUUCCAUUUGGCUUGCCUCCAAACGUUACCCAUCUAAACAUGGCUUAUAACAAUCUGAGCCAGGGUCUCCCUUUUUCCUUGCCUCUUAUGACAUCUCUCCUCUCCCUGAAUCUGAGCCAUAACUCAUUAUCUGGACCUCUUGGAAAUGUGUUUUCUGGGUUACAGAUUAAAGAAAUGGAUUUGUCAUUCAAUAACCUGACGGGAGAUUUACCAAGCUCUUUUGGAUCUCUACUGAAUCUGACUUCACUGUACCUGCAGAACAACAAAUUUACAGGCUCAAUCAUCUAUCUUACGGAUCUUCCUUUAACUGACCUGAAUAUCGAAGAUAACCAGUUUAGUGGUAUUAUCCCAAAUCAUUUUCAGUCCAUUCCUCAUCUGUGGAUUUGGGGAAACAAGUUCCACGUAGAGCCCAACUAUAAACCGUGGAAGUUUCCUUUGGACGUCAUACCGAUGAUGCAAAACGCUACUGGUUAUCCAACUACUCAGUCCAGUGCCAUUAUGAACUUUCCAAGACCUCAAAAGGUGGUCAAAAAGAAGAAGAAAGGCAUAGGAGCAGGGAGUAUCGUUUUACUGGUUGGCGGAUUGGCUCUGCUGGGAACUUUCUUUGCACUUUACACAGUUCGAAUGAGUCACCGACGCACACAAAACCUUUCUACUAGUCAGAGAAGCAACAAUAGCACAGCCUACUCUCUUCCAGUCAGUACAGGCCAAGAAUUUCUAGUCGGAACUGAAGACGGCCAACGAAUGAAAAGGGUCCAGCCACCGCCAGUUACCCUUCUGAGACAUAUACCUCCUCCACCUGUCAGAAUCGAUAAAUCAGCAAGAAGAAAAAAGAGUUUCUCCGUUACAUGCCAAUAUCCAGCGUACGCUAAGCUUUUCACAGCUGCAGAGCUUCAACUGGCAACUAACAGUUUCAGUGAGGAAAACCUACUUGGGGAGGGUCCUCUUGGUUCUGUUUACAGAGCAAAGUUGCCUGAUGGUCAAUUUGCCGCCGUGAGAAACAUUCCAAUGUCUUCGCUGUCUUUAAAUGAAGAGGAACAAUUUACUGAAGUGCUUCAGACAGCCUCCAAACUAAAGCACCCAAACAUUGUGACACUUCUCGGUUUCUGCAUUGAUAAUGGGCAGCAUCUUCUCGUCUAUGAGUAUGUUGGGCAUUUGUCAUUGUACAAUGCCAUGCACGAUGAGGUCUACAAGCCACUUUCUUGGGGAUUGCGUCUCCGCAUUGCUAUCGGAGUUGCCCGAGCUCUGGACUAUUUGCACACGUCGUUUUGCCCUCCUAUCGCCCAUAGCGAUCUGAAAGCAACAAACAUCUUGCUAGACGACGAACUCACACCUCGUAUUGCUGACUGUGGGCUUGCUAGUUUAAGGCCACUUACAAGCAACAGUGUCAAACUCCGGGCUUCAGAGAUAGCAAUCCAAAACACUGGCUACAUUGCACCAGAACAUGGACAACCAGGAAGCAGUGGCACAAAGAGCGACACUUAUGCACUGGGCGUGCUACUCUUGGAACUGUUAACAGGGAGGAAAGCAUUUGACAGCUCACGACCCCAAGGAGACCAGCUGCUGGUGAAAUGGGCAUCAACCAGACUUCAUGACAGGCGAAGCUUAGAACAGAUGAUUGAUCAAGGCAUAGCCGGCACAUUCUCCUCAAGAGUCGCCUCCCACUACGCAGACAUUAUCUCUCUAUGCACUCAGGCAGAGAAGGAGUUUAGACCAGCUGUUUCGGAAAUAGUGGACGCACUCACUGCACUGAUACAGAAGCAGAACGAUGAAGCCAGCACUGUAGCAGACAAGACCGACGUUGACCCUUUCAGUAAAUCUUUCUGCUCAACACGCACACGCUUCAUCUCCUCACCCACCUUGAGCCACCCCUCCACUUGA